AUGGAAGAAUUCUGGUUCACUGCUAUUGCUACCAUGGUUGUGUAUCUUGCGGCAGCAUUGGUAACCAACGCGACGCAGUUUGGUAAGAUCCUGAUACUCUUUCUUCUUGGCGGUUCGGUGGCACUCUUGGCUAUAUCAAAUUCCUUGACGGACAAGAUCCUGAUGCACGGCUACAUCCUUCAUGAACCUAAGUAUUACAAACGGCGUGCGGAACUUGCUGAUGAACUCAUUAAAGAGACGGGGCGAAAUGAUUGGGCCUUGGGUAUGGGUAUGAUUCCAAGCAAGGGUAAUUCAGAUGGGACGGCUGCCACAGGUGCUGUUGUAAUAUAA